GGAAACCUGCUACAGAUUGAUGAUGUCCGAUGUCUGGCUAAUUCAAUACGAGUGAAACAGCAAACACACUCAAAGUGCAGCUCAUACUGGUUUGACUGGAGCACUGAAAUGUGCACAGAAAUGUAUGUAUCCAUCUGAAACUGCUGAAGUGAACGCAGCAUGGCUUUUCAAUGGGGGAAAUUCAAAUAUCUGCUGGUACUUGCUACUGUCUUCUUCAUCCUGCUCAUACUUAUGGAGGACAAGCAUGAAGAACAUACUUCAAAUGUCACUGAGGAGAAUAGUUACACGAAGAAACUGAACCGGUUAAGAAAAUCUGUCGGGGCUAGCCCUGUACAGUAUGUUGCAGUGGCAGAGUUGACGGUACCACUGUCCUUUUCACAAGAUUACAUUAAAGGAUUAAUCAACCAAAUGACUGUCCCAAUAUCACUACAGAACUCCACAGAUAUCAUUGAUAUAAACAUUACAGCAGUGUGUCAUCAGACUCAAACUGGACAACAGUGUAUAUGUCAAAAUCAGUAUGUUUGGGCAAACAACAUCUGUUUGACAUACCCUGCGUGUAAUUACCUAUAUGCUGGAGCUUGUGACUGUAUCAGUGCCAAGCCAACAAGACAGAUGUGCAUUCCAAGAAGCGAACUUCCCACCUUUACCUUCACAAUUCGGAUUGAUGUGAACGCAGAUGCCACAUUGAUUAAUUUGUAUAAAAGCUAUCUUCAUAAUUCAGUCUAUGCCCCAUACCCACUUUCUACAAUAAUGGAAGUUUCAAAAGUGGAUUUAACAACAGAGUGCCAAUUAAAUAGUGGUGGAUACCAGUGUAAGUGUGGGGAUCAGUAUUCCUGGCCGUGCGACACAUGUUUCAGCUAUGGGUACUGUGAUAACAUCACCAAUGCCACCUGUGGAUGCAUCAACGGUUUUCCAAAAGAUGGACAGUUCUGCCAGCCAAGGACAGAACUUACAAAUGCCUCUUCUUGUGAGCCAGUAACCAGUACGGCAAGCCCAACAACUGCAGAAACCAGUACUCCAAGCCCUACAACUGCAGUAAUCCGUAGAACUAUAUCAAUGACAAUAAAUGAAGAGUUUAACAGUGCACUCACAGACAAAACUAGUGAAAAGUAUAAUCUUUAUUCGAAGAUCAUUAAGAGCUCAGUUAAUAGUGUUUAUGAAAAUACACUUACUUCAUACAAACCGAAUUCUGUGGAAAUCAUUCAGUUCAGGCCUGGCAGUGUGAUUGCAGACUUUCAAAUUGCAACCUCAAGCAAAACACUUGAUUUUAGUAAAGCAAACAGAAACCUAGCCUCUAAUCUCACUGAUCAAAAGAUAUUAGUGAGUGCUGAUUCCUUUGCUGAGACUGUGGAUAAUGGUAUAUUCCAAAAACGAAUAUAUCCUGGAAAAAAUAUGAAUUUGACCUGUAAUACUCCAGACCCAAAUAUUACGGAAAUAACCUGGAGUAAGAAUGGCCAAAACAUCAAAGACGAUGGUGUUAAAUAUCAAAUAAAUGAUAAAAUGCUCACUGUGACAAACACCAAUGAUAAUGACAAUGGAAAAUAUGCCUGCAAUGUGACCUUUAACUCAAUUCCAUACAUAAACUUCCAAACCAUGUCUAUUGAGCCAGCUCCUAGACUCACAACUACUGACUCAAUAAUUCUGAAAUGUACUGACACACCAAUCAACCUGAAGUGCUGUGCUCACAGCAGCUAUAAUGUUCUGUGGAGCCCAAAGCCUGCAAAUGAGCAGUUGGUUACAGCCCAAUCGACAAAGUGCAGCACAUUUACUCACAAUGUCAGCCUGGUGGAUUGUUCGAACAGUGACAAGACUCUAACUUUCACGUGUGAAGCCCGUGAUGACACCGAUACCUCUCAUGAAUCAAAAUCUUUCACAAUAACUUUAACUUCAAAAAAAGACUUCCCUUGCUUCAGUACUCAAUAUGGAGCUGGACAAUUGGAUGAAAGAAAGGCUGUUGCUUGUGAUGGAAACAGCGUUGGCAACAAGACAGUUCAGUGCACAAAUAGUGACUGGAAAACUGUGGAAGAUAACUGUGUCUUGCGUGUCCUCCAAGGCCUGGUGGAUCAAGCUGUGAAUUUACAAGCCGAAGAUGUUCCAACCUUUAUAAAGAAAGUACUUAAUACCACUACAAAUAACGCUGGUGAAAUUAGAAAUUCUACUGCAAACAUUGUCGCGGUUGUUAGCUUGCUAAAUUCCACGGCCAUUGUUUCACAGUCAUUUAAGGUGGAUCAAUCCAUUAUGGAGACUUUCCUAAAAACAGUGGAUGUUAUUGGAUCAGUAAGUGCUAACCAAACAUGGCUGAAGCUGAAUACACGCAACACAACUCAGCAGACAAGCUCUCUACUUCUGAAGUCUACUGAAGAAAUGGGGAAGGCACUAACAAAUGAAAACUUCAGCAUAACAACAGACAUUAUUCAACUAAACAGAACUAGCACUAAUGGUUCAUUUUCUGGAAUAAUUGGCACAAAUUCAACUACUCAAAUAGUCAUUCCAGACAUUACUGCGAAUACUUCAAUCACCACCAUAGUUUUCUCAUCUUUUAGCACUGUCCUGCCUGCUCGAAAUAUAACCUACAACGGCAGUCAAGAGAAAACCAGUAUCAAUGCAGAUGUGGUUGCAGUCAUUGUGAACAAAACCAUUCAGAACAUCUCUUUUACCUUUAAUACUAAAAAUAAGUCAUUGUUAAACCCUCAAUGUGUUUUCUGGAACUUCAGUCUUCUGGAUGGGAUUGGAGGAUGGGACUCGACUGGAUGUGAAUUGAAGACUGAUGUGAACAGUACUGACCAGGUUACGUGUGAGUGCAACCACACAACUUCAUUUUCAAUCCUCAUGUCAACAUUUCCAGUGGACAAUGUCAUCUUAGACUAUAUAACUUACAUUGGAGUCGGCAUUUCGAUUAUCUGCCUGAUUCUGUCCCUCAUCAUCGAAGGCAUUAUUUGGAAAUCAAUGACAAGGAAUGACACUUCCUACAUGCGCCACGUCUCCAUAGUCAACAUUGCUCUGUCCCUCCUGAUAGCGGACGUAUGCUUUUUAAUUGGAGCAGGUAUUGUGGAAAAAGGAGAGCUGGCACCAGUUGGGCCGUGCAGUACAGCCACGUUCUUCAUGCACUUCUUUUAUCUGGCUCUUUUCUUUUGGAUGUUGCUCUCUGCACUCUUGCUUCUUUAUCGAACUGUUGUGGUCUUUGCUGGAAUGUCCAAGACCAAGAUGAUGAUCAUAGCCUUCACUGUUGGUUAUGGAGCCCCGUUAUUAAUAGCUGUCAUCACUGUGGCAGCGACAGCUGGACAGCAAGGAUACAUCGUUGAAAGGAGUGCUUGUUGGCUCAACUGGGAUAAAACUAAAGCCUUUUUGGCGUUUGUGAUUCCCGCACUCACUAUUGUGGUGAUAAACCUUGUGGUGCUGAUUGUGGUUUUAUGGAAGAUGUUACGGCGUGGAGUUGGAGCCACCACUCAGCCAGACGAGAAACAUACCAUAGUGGUUAUUGCCAGAUGUGUGGCCAUUCUAACACCUCUGUUCGGUCUGACCUGGGGAUUCGGCAUCGGGACCAUGGUGUCGGGUCUAUUAGGGAUUCACAUAGUCUUCGCAAUCCUCAACUCACUGCAGGGUUUUUUUAUUUUGGUCUUCGCAAUUUUGUUGGACCGUAAGAUACGUGAAGAACUGGCAGGAAAGUUGAGGAUAAGAAAUCUCAGCUCAAACCGUACAAGGACCACUAGCGCAGGCCCAUCAUCUUCUAGUGGGACAGGCUUCAUGGAAAUGUUCCGGCGCAGAAAUAUCUACCACGUGGCAGACAAUAGUAGAUUCACUGCAGAUUCAUCUCAGAACUCAUAUUCAUUUAUCAAUACUUAAACCAGUAAUGUUCAACCUGUUUGACAAAUGUUUGUCCGACAGCUAAAGUGUACUGAACAUUUGAGUUACAAACAGCUCUGAGUUCAACUCAUUUUAAUUAAUUAACUUUCUUACAUUAACAAACACAGAACAUUCCACAUGUAAUCCUAAAGAUAUAGAGUAAAAAGUAGGUAAAAAGUUGUAUGUAUAACCUUGUAAGAUCAUCAAAUAUCAAAUAUCAUUGUAGACAUAUUUUAUCUUUAUUACACUACAUUUCUAUACAUGGUGAGAUCUUAAUUAUUGUAAAUAUUACAUAAUCAGAGUUGAUUCAGUUGUCUCACAAAGCUGCCGCUUUCUGAAAGUUGACAUUAACAUACAGUACAAUGUCUUUUUUAUUUUUUAAACUGUGUUCAUUUGUUUAUUAAAUAUUUU